AAACAGGAACAAUCUGGGUACUCCUAGAAAUGUUGAUGUUGACUUAUAAGGGCUCGAGAAGAAUGAUGUUUCGUACCCAUGUAAAUAAAUUUGUAUAAUCUUGUUUUUUUUUCAAUCUAUAGACUGAAAAAUAUUUGAAAGAUUUCAUCAGACUCAUUAAUUAUGUAAACUUGGUUAACGCUUUGUAAUAUUAUUGUCUUUUUUUCCACAAACUGUUUAUUUGCAGAAACUGUUUUCCGAUUUGCUAAGAACCCACUAAAAGUUUGUCCUGUUUGUUCUUAUUUCGUUCUUAUAUUAUACUCUUACUCAUGAUCUUCCCAAAUCACUCUGAUCACCUAGCAAUUAGCUGAUAUCUGAAGAAUCUUCAUCAAGUUGAUUUUCCCUCCUGCUAUACUGACUUCAUUAAGCUUGUCAGAAGUUGUAACUUAUCAAUAUGGUUAGUGUUAGUAACAAAAUAUUGAACUGUUUACUCAUCUAAUGAUCUCCCGCUUCAUGAUGGUUACUUAUUUCAUGACCUUUAUCUGUAAUGUGACACAAAGUGGUCACUUGGUUCGUGACUGAACUGACUACAUGAGUGUGAGUGCGAAGUUUACAAUGUUUAAAUGUAUUUUAAUUACUAAUAACUGAAUCCAAAGGUAUAAGGUUAAAAUGGAACACAAUAAAAUGUGAUCCACAUUUUACCUUGUUAGUCACAUUAUAUACUUCAUAUUUAUAUGUCAGCCCCAUAGUCUAACCAAGGACAUUAAGUAUGUAAUUAUCUGAUUAAAUAAUUAUGAUUCAAUCAGGGAGGGUCAAUCUAAUCCAUUAGCCGGUUUGUUGUCUGACUAAAAAUAUUCACAACGUUUUCACUGUCCAAUAGGUGUUGCAUUCAGUUCAUCCGUUGAGUGGAUAACUGCUACGUAUUAGAGUGAAUUUCUCACCAAAUAUUUCAUUUGAAAAGUCUGGCAUUAUUCAUAACUGUUUGCUAUGGGAAUGUCAAUGUACCGGAAACCAGCACGCCAGAUGAACAACUCAAAUAUGACGAAAGUUAAACCUUGAUACGAAAUCUCAGUAAAAGUAUAUCAUACUGAUGGUUUUGAGUUAAUCAAUCAAAAUUGAGGUAGCUCCUCUUGGGUUUUACACAGUGCUGGAUGACUUACAUCUUAUAAUGAACUAAAUAAGAAUUAGCAAUGUUUGGUUCUUAAAAUAUUUGAAGUUGAUAAAAAUACCUGUUAUGCAAUCAAAAAGUCAACAUAAGAUGGUGCUUAUGCCAAGUUACAAGAAAUAUCUGGUCCUGGUGCAUAUUGUGCGUUAAAGUACCUAAUAUAAUUCACCACCAAGGACUGUUAAUGUCUAUUUGAUCGACAUUAAAUCUUGAUGAAUUCAGUAGUCAUUUUUAUGCUGAAUUACUCAUCAUUUUAAAUAAUGAAUUCAUUAUAUACUCCAUUUAAUAUCUAAAACACCAUAUCAGGCACAGCAAUUGUAAUCAGAAAAGGGAAAUUUUAUUGUUCAAAUACACUGUCGAAUUGAUGAACUUUAGUUUACAUUAAAGUCCCAAAAGUGUGUUUUGUUUCAUUUAGGACUUAAAUGUAUCUGCAUCCUACUGUUGAUAUUCACACCCUAUACUGAACUCAUUUUCGAUUCGAACUUCAACCACGUUAUCCACUGUGACCAGAUAGCUACUGACUUGUUCAUUGAGUACGGUGUUUAUAUCAUUCGAUAUUAUUAAUUGAAACAAUUUGCGCAGACAAGAUGCUUAUAACGACUGGUAAAAAUUCAAUCCACAAUAUUAGCAACGGGAUAAUUCAAAUCGGCGCUGAUUAUAGUAUUGUUUAAAUAUCCUUAUUAAAUCCUGUUAUUUAUCCUCGUUAUUUUUUUAUUCCUGUAAAAAAAUAAACAUUUGAAGCUAAACGAAAGCUUACGUCAUAUUUGGUUAUGGCUUCAUCCAGCAAUGUCUGCAUCAGCUUGGGAAUUACUACAAACUUCUAUUAAAGAAGUCAAUUCUUUAAAUGAUACACAAUGUGCACUUGAACUAGAUGAUGUAACGGGUUACUUUUGUCGCCUUCGUUUAAUCGGUCGACAAUCACAUGGAUUAAUCAGUGAUAUUAUUCAAUUGAAGAAUGGGAGUACACUUGACGAAAAUUGGACAUCUUGGAAUAAUGUUUCUACAAAUAUACGUGAAGCUGUCUGUGUCCCUUCGGGACUUGUUAUUAGUCUACAGGAUUGUGAAAAUUUCCGUUCUAAUAGGCCACAUUUGAAAAUUCGUAAUCGAAAUUGGUCUCUCAUGCCAAUCAAAUUAAGUGACAAUGAUCCUCAAUAUCAGGACCAAUUACGUAUGAAUGAAUCGUUAAAUAACAAAUCUGGUUUCGUACUACCUUCUGGUAAACAAUUAUCUUGGUUAGAUAUUAAUAAAUUCUAUCCAAAUCACACUAAUUCACCUGACCAAUUACUCUCAACAAAAAUUAAUCUGGAAACUAAAGAAAACAGUAUAGAUGUUGUUUUGAUCCAGAAUAGUACACCGUCAUUGAUUCGUUCUUCACCUGAAACCGUUGGUUGGGAUAUAAUAUUACGACGAAAUUUUCCACAGUCAGAUAAUGAUUUAUUACUUCGUGGUUCUUUAACAGCGCGUGAUUUUCUUAUAGCUUGUGUUUAUCGAGGAGCUGAAGUUGGAGGUCUACGAGAUUUAUAUUAUUGGGCGGGACUUGGAACAUGUGCAGGUGGACGUUUUGAUUCAUUUCCGGAAACUUUAUGGCCUGAUACCUUAGCUGGUCGGAAAUCUGCAGAAAUUGUCACUAAAGAGAAGUUAAAUAAAUUGAUUCGCCUUCCAAGUAAUUUACGCCCUGAUUUUACUAAAUUCGGUAUUACUUGUCCAUUUCUUUAUCCUUGGUCUGAACUGAUUACACAAAAUUCUAUAAGUAUUGGAAAAACAACAGAUUCAAUUGUUUCAUCAACAAUUUCUAGUAAUGAUAAUGUAAUUACAUCUAGUUCAGUUGAUAAUAAUCAAUGGUUUGUUCUUCGUGAACCAGGAUUACUUCGUUUAGUUGUACAUAGAAUGAUCAUUGGAGAAAAUCGUGCUAAAUUAUCAAUACAACAAUUGUAUAAUUAUAAUUCAUUACUUUUGAAUGCAAUUAUUCUAGUUUAUGUGAAAACUGAACACCGAGGUGUACCACAGGCAUAUGCGCGUAUUUACGCAUUCUAUCCUAAUGAAUCUACUAGAAAAAAUUCAAAAGAGGAUAACAGUAAUCCUGUGACUAAUUCAGCAGUUGAUAAGGAAUCUCUUCAGAAUUCUCGUCUUCUAAUUGGUUAUGUUCAAGAUGGUGGUUAUGGUCAGUCACUAGGUCGUGGAAUUGGAUUGGGUUUUAUCAGCUUAAGUGCUUUAUCAAAUGCUUUAAAUUUGAUUAACACUACCAAAAAAAUAAAAUAUUGCAUUCAAAAUCUUACGUCACAUCAAUCCUAUAAUGUCAGACUUUCUGUAGUGAUUUAAACAAGAUAUUCAGUUACUAUGUUUAUUGUCUAUAAUGUAAAAAAGCAAUAUAAUUUAUAC